CCAUUUACUACAUUCUAGCAUUUACUAAGCUAAUAUCGUAUCUAAAACAAUGAAGUUCAUACUGAUUCCCGUUUUUGCGGUGUUUUCAGUGGUGUUUUCACCCUCCACCAUCAAUGUCUUUGCCAAAACUUUGGCCAAAGAGAACGAGUUUAACGCAUCCGCAGCAAAUAACAUUCCUGAGGAUGAUGUAUUAGCAUUUAUUGAAGCUAAUAAUGGCGAGGAAGGAUUAGAAAAUGGAAAUGAAGAAAUAAGAUAUAAUGUAAAUGAUUCUGAGUUCGACUCUGAUGAAGGUGAAAAGAAUUCCCCAUUCGAUUCAGUUAAUGAUGACAAGAAAAAUGUAGAUGAUGAUAAUGAUCGUGAUUCUAAAUUUAUAGAAAUGAACUAUGAUAAUCAGGUUGAAGAUGCUAAAAGCAGUCUGUUGGAAUUGGGCGUAUCCAAAGUUGGACAUGCUAGACCUUCCAUUCGAGCUAAAAAGGUUGCAAAGACUCCACUUUUAAGACGCAAGGCUAAUGGUGAUUCACGGCCUAUACCAAAAAAGCGCAGUGCAGGGGGCGCCGCUGCAACGAGUAGAAGACCAUCGACAAGAAGGGGUAAUAAUCUAUCUUCUACCACAACUAACAAACCCAUUAAACCUGUAGCAUCUCCUGGAAACAAAAGAACCAUGGGUGAUAGAAAUGCUGCUAGAAUCGGUAGGAGGCAAAGAAACAAUGGUAUUAGGUCUGCCAAUGCUGCCAAAUCAGCCGGAAAGAAAUGGACUGCUGGUUUAAGAUCAAAGAAAAAAACGGAUGAGACAGUAACUCCGACUAAAUUAGCUGAUACAUCCGCUACGCCAAGUGCUACUGAUGCUCCAGUUGCAAAGAAGAAAUCUAUCAUUAGACGUGGCCUCACCGCCGCUGCUAAAGGGAUGGGUGCAGCCACUGUAUCUGCCGCAGCAGGUGUCGGAGCUAAGACUCUUAUAGGUGAUGAGCCUCUUGAAGGCGUGCUUCCAAAUGGUUUAUUUGGAUCUAAGAAAAACAACGAAAGUGCAGAUGUCGAUGAGGAAGAUUAUGCUGAAGAUGUAGAUUCUGAUGAUUCCAUGCCUAAAAUGGCAUCGUCCACUGCGAGGACACGUGGGCAACUUUCAAGAAGAAGAGGUGAUGAUUAUGACGUUCUAGAUGAAGAUGCAGAUACCGAUAUAUAUGAUAGCGGCAUGAUUAAUAGACCCCAAAGGAAGAAUGCUAAAAAUAGCAUAGUGUUACCAGCCACUGGUGAUUUAUAUGAUGACGAGCCGAAUAAUAGAAAUUCGAAAAAACAAUUUGUAUCUGAAGGACCCGGAUCAGAUCCUGCAUUGACUGAUCGUGAUUUUGAAGAAGCAAUGAAAUUGUUGGACAAGGAGACUAAUAAAUACAAAAAUAAGGUUGAAGAUGGAAACGACGUUGAAGAAACAUCUACAGGCGAUGAACUCUUUGAGGACAUUAAAUCGGAUUAUGACGUAGUUAAGCAGAUGAACCAAAACCACGAAGACGAAGUGGCUCUGGCUAUGCCGCCUCCCGUUCGAGGCUUGCGGAAAGCUAUUAAUAAUAACAACAACAUCACACCACGGUACGCUACCAGUAGUAGCAACAAUAGAUCACAUCAUAGAAUCCCAGAACAAACAACAGAAACAAAUUACAAUCCUAACAUCAAUUUCAUAGAAAGGUCACACUCCGAUGCUAAUAAAACAAAGCGCAAACAUGCAAAAAAAGAUUAUCGACAGGGCACGUUCGAUAAUAGUGUGUUUAAUACAUCUUCCACGAACGAUGAGGGAAGUGUAUUUGACGGUUUGGAUACCUUUGAUGAAGAAAACGAUUUUGAUGAUAGCAUUGUAGAAUCUCCUAAAUCAACAAAUAUAAAGGGCGAAUACAUCGAUGAAAGUGAUUAUAAAGAUUAUAUGGAUGACAUUUUGUAUGGUGAUGAUGUACCUGAAAAGUCAUUCAUGGAUGACAUAGACGACAGAGGAUCUUUAGAUCUUCUAGAUGACAACGUUAACAAAAACUCACGUAAAUAUAAGUUUGAUAAUCUAGAUCCUGAGCAAGAAAGUGAAAAUGAUCUACUGUUGGCAGGCUAUGACGAUAACGAUGGCGAUGAUCCGUUCUACGAAGAAGAAAGUGAAGCCGAUAAUGAAGGAGAUAAAGAUUGGGUUGGUGUAAACGAUGAAGAUCUCGACGAUGAUAUAGAUAAGAAGCCUAGUGAGGAUAAUGCUAUACGUAAAGAUGAGAAGAACGCCGAUGAAUCGGCGCACAAUGAACAGGGUGGGGAAUAUGUUAAUCCAAAUCAUAACAUGGAUGAUGAUCCAUUCUACGAAGAAGAAAGUGAAGCCGAUAAUGAAGGGGAUAAAGAUUGGGUUGGUGUAAACGAUGAAGAUCUCGACGAUGAUAUAGAUAAGAAGCCUAGUGAGGAUAAUGCUAUACGUAAAGAUGAGAAGAACGCCGAUGAAUCGGCGCACAAUGAACAGGGUGGGGAAUAUGUUAAUCCAAAUCAUAACAUGGAUGAUGAUCCAUUCUACGAAGAAGAAAGUGAAGCCGAUAAUGAAGGGGAUAAAGAUUGGGUUGAUGUAAACGAUGAAGAUCUAGACGAUGAUAUAGAUUCUCCCCCAACCCACGAAUUACCAGAGGAUGCAUCAAUGGAUGCAAUGAUGCAUUUGGAAGAUGAAGAUGAUGAAGAUCAUGGUGAAAAUGAAGAUGCUGAUAUAAAUGAAGAAAUAAAUGAUGUUGAAUCACCAAGUGGUCUUGAAUACUUGGGAGCUGGAUAUGAUCUUUUGAAGGGCAACCCGAUGGGUGAUACAAUUAUACUAUUAGAUCCGGGUUAUAGAGCAAGUGUCGUACAAAUGCAUUGGCGUGAUGACGCUGAAGGGCUUUCAAACAGUCGCCAUUUUAUUCAACCGAAGGGGGCUUGGGUGCGACCUUAUACGUCAUGUCACAAGGGUGAAACGAUUUCAGAGGUUGCAAAGACUCAAUCUCUGGAUAAUGUUCUAUCUGCUGAUGCUUCAGUAUCUGCAUCUUUACCAGGAGAUAAAUUUAAGUUUGCUGCAUCAGUCAACUAUAACAACAUAAAGAAGGCUUAUGACUCCAAGGGCGUAAAUACAUAUGUAAGCAGGUCAUACUGUUUCAAUUUUGUAGCGGGUAUACCGAUGUCUAUUAAAUGGGACACAACUCAAGCUUUCCAAGCCGCAUUGAAAGGUUUGCCAAAAACAUUUCAAGAAGAAGGCAAUGGGUUGGUUUGCCACCCCUACGACUAUCUUGUUCAUCCACGUUCUCAGGCGUGCAAAGAGUUAGGAGUAACCGCAUGGAUGCAAUUUUUCACUGUAUUCGGCACGCACGUUACGACUAAAGUUUAUCUUGGAGGGAAGAUGCUUACUAUCAUUGAAACCAAAUCAUCCCAAGAAGCUGACCUGAAAAAGAAGGGCAUUGACGUAAAAGCUGAACUGAGUGUCCAGGCUGAGGUAGCAACGGUUGAUGCAUCGGUUAACGCCAGCACGUCCAGCCUUCACAAUAGAGAUACAGAAUCGUUGGAUACUAAAAAGUCGAUGUUUGUCAUAGGAGGUGAUAUAUACGGGGACGGGAAUACUAUCGUCUUCAAUGACUGGGCUGCUACCGUUCCAGAAAAUUCAAUGCCCAUAAAAGCUGAGUACACCCCGCUUGCAAUGAUAAUGGGCCACGAAUACAUGAAAGCAUACAAUGAUGCCUAUCUGUUUUACGGAAAGGUGUCAGUGGGUGCCGUAUAGGGUUAAUGAACCCGUGUCGAAAAAAGUGCUUCUAUCGAUGAU